CACCGGAGGCGAGCCUGCUUAGUGCGAUAGUAGGAAUGGGUAACCGGGUCACCCGCGGGGAUUUCGAGUGGGUUUACACUGAACAGCCCCAUACGCAACGGAGGAAGGAGAUUUUGGCCAGAUAUCCAGCCAUCAAAUCUCUAAUGGGUUCAGAUCCCAACUUAAAAUGGAUUGUGACAGGAAUGGUAUUCACUCAGCUUCUUGCCUGCUACCUGGUGAGAAAUUUAGCCUGGAAGUGGGUUUUCUUCUGGGCUUAUAGUUUUGGGGGCUGCAUCAACCACUCCAUAACACUUGCAAUCCAUGAUAUCUCUCAUAAUGUUGCCUUUGGCAACAAGCAGGCCAGGUUGAAUAGGUGGUUUGCCGUCUUUGCCAACUUGCCUGUUGGAUUACCUUACUCUGCCUCUUUCAAGAAGUACCACAUUGAUCACCAUCGAUACCUUGGCGGAGAUGCUUUGGAUGUGGACAUCCCUACUGAUUUUGAGGGCUGGUUCUUCUGUACUCCAUUUCGGAAACUAAUCUGGAUUGCCAUCCAGCCAUUUGCUUACAGUUUGAGGCCACUAUAUGUCAACCCCAAAGCAAUUACUGAAAUGGAAAUAUUUAAUGCUUUGGUACAAUUCUCUAUUGACCUUGCAAUCUAUUAUUUGUGGGGUUGGAGGCCUAUUGUUUAUUUAAUAGCAGGAACAAUCCUAGGCAUGGGUUUGCACCCUAUUUCUGGCCAUUUCAUAGCAGAACAUUACAUGUUUUUGAAAGGAUAUGAAACAUAUUCAUACUAUGGACCCCUCAACUGGAUCACCUUUAAUGUUGGCUAUCAUAUGGAACACCAUGAUUUCCCCAGCAUUCCUGGAUCUAGACUGCCAAUGGUAAAGAAAAUAGCAGCUGAAUAUUAUGACACCCUCCCUCAACACCAGUCAUGGGUUCAUGUUCUCUGGGACUUUGUUUUUGAUGAUACCAUCAGUCCUUAUACAAGGGUUAAAAGAAAGUGCAAAUUGGUUUCUGAAUCUUCCUAGAUACCAACUCCAGCUUUUCCUCUCUGGACUUCUGCACCUUGAAAAUUUAUCCUUUGCAAACAUGAAUGAUGCAUUUUAUGUCUUAGGUAGAUGUAGCUGAUGUAUGUUUCUGAACCCAAAGGAUUGUCUUAAAUCCAAAUAUAAAGUAAUGUUAAAAUGAAGCUAACAAAAACCUUUUUUCUUUGCUAUUGUGCAAUACAAAACUCAGAUGCAGUCGGAGCACGGAGGACCCCAAAUUUAUAGAUUUGGAAAGUAGAGAGGAGAAAGGUGGCUAGCUCUGUAUAUUUUGACUAAUUAAAGUAUAUGGCUAGGAAGUCUGAUAUUGCAUGCAAUAGACUUCUCUCCAUCUCUGUAGUUACACAGGGAAUUUUGCAAGUAGGGGAAGAUGGAAGAUCUCUGUGUAAUUAACUUUUAAGUAAUGUGCAAGUAUGUGGGAAUUCCUCACCUCAUACUGUUGUGAUGGACAAUGGUUCUGAGAGCUAUAAAAAAUAUCCAUCUAGACCAGGGCUGUCAAACUUGCGGCCCGUGGGCCAGAUGCAUCACACGUUGGCCAGGCCCAUGCCCAGUUUAGCAAAGUGGGGAAAAAGCCAUAUGUCAUGUGAUGCUGUCAGUUUGACACCCCUGAUCUAGACUAGAGGUAGGGAACAAUGGCCUUGACUUGACUUGAGGACUUUAACUCCUAGAAUUCCUGAGAUAGCAUGGAAUGAGUUGAAGUCCACAAAUUAUAAAAAUAUCAUUUCCCACUCCUGAUUUAGACAAGAGAGGUUUGCCAAUGCAUAUUAGUUGCAAUAAUUAAAUCAGACUUCCACACUGCUACAAGCAGAUUACAAAGUACCCAGCAGUGUAUAUUAAAAGAGGUUGAAUAGCAGACAGCUCUGUUUAUGACUUCAAGUUAUUUAAAGAGAAAGCCCAUAUGUACCUACUUAGAAGUAAUCUCAAUAGAAAUUAACAUAAUCAUCAAGGUAAAUAGGUUAGGAUUGCAGCCUAAAAUGGAUUGAGGCAAGUAUAUUCUUAGUGCAGUUAUGUGCAAUUGUGGAGAUAACACAGUCUAAUAGCAAUGAAUAUAGUUUGUGUGCUUCAGUGCUUGGUAUUCCUAAUUACACAAAGGCCAGUAGUUAAUAUUGGAAAGACCUCAGAGAAAAUGCUCUAAGCAGAGUGAAUGAUACUGGUUUGGAUGGAAAAAUGGAAGACUAAUCUAUAAGGCAAAUUAUUUUUACUUACCUGAUUCUCCUUUUUUCCCCAUUUUUAAGGCUACUACAAAUGUUAUUAGUUUCCAGAUGUGUUAAGCAUGUUAUUCUAUUGCAGCAAAAAACCAACAAAUUCUAUGUUACCUUAAAGAUGAAUGUAUUUAUUAUCACAUAAGCUUUCAUGGACUACAGUCUGCUUCUUCAGUUGCAUGGUUCAUUAUUCUGAAAUUUAUAUUAUAUACUCUUGAUAUGACAACUCACCCACCCCCAACAAACAAACAAAAAACACAACCCCAGCUCCUGAAGUGUGAAAUUGGAGAUGCUUCCACAUUUAAAAAAAACUUAAUCAGUUUUCAAAGGAACCAAAAAAACUUUAUUAAAAAAACCCCUAGCCAGUGCUCCACUUAUCUAGUACCCCCCCCCCC